UCUAGAGACGUCGGUGGGUGUCUGUACAUGCGUUUAUUUAUUUUUCAAUGCUGGUGAGCCAGUAGCAGGAACCGGACAUACGUACUGCUGUGGUUUCCUGUACCACGGAUGAAUCAUCUCUGCUCUUGAUCCAGUUCGCGAAAAGAUUUGUCUCUGUCUCUCUCGCUCCGUGGGCUCAGAUAUUUUUAUAAUCUCGGAGUGUUCUUCGAGAAUUGUGCGAGCUCGCACGGCGACUUGGCAAUGUUUGAGAAAUCGCUGCUCCCUUUAGUCGGGAUAUUAAUCGUUUGGGGGACGGUGAUAACGGGCGCGAGAAACGGGGUUGAAAAUGUGGAUAGAGUCGAAGAGAGCUGGGCCGAAGAUGAGGAUAUUCGGGAAAUCGAUCGCGCGAUACGUCGCCAUUCGGAGAAGGAAAAUUAUCCGGAGAAUUUGCGAAUGUUUGUGAAUUUUCCGAAAAUUUAUCGGUUUGGAAAAUGGAGAAACGAAGCCAGAAUCCCACCCCGGAAGCCUGAGACUUCCUCCCCACCGUCGAUAUUCUCAAGGUCGGGAGGCGAAAUAAUAGACGAGGAGGAAACAAAGAAUAAAUUGCCCGAUCGAUUUUCUUACGUUGCUCGGGAAUUUUAUCGGUAUUAUUCGAAGCAGCGAGUUGGAAAUGUGAAUAAAAAAUUCGGCCAUAAAAUCUCUCUCGUACCUGACGCUCACUCACCCUUCAAUUUUGAGGAUGAUCACGGCUCCGAGAAUUUCGAAACUACUCAAUCAUCCGGUGACACGACCCCUGCAGUCGUUUGGAGAAAUAUUAUCAAUGCUCCUACUUCCGGCUGCCCGAAGGGACAACGAAAAGACAGGAAUGGUCGAUGCCGAAAAACUUUGUGGUGAGGGGAGUCCAUUUGAGCACAAACUUUCCUGCGACGAGGAAAUAAACGAGCGGAUCAUACAUGAGAGAAAUGGUUGCGAUACGCGGAUAUACCUGCGCACACAUACUCUGACAGUUGCAGGCGACGUAACUUAAACGGAGAAAAAAAGGCGGAUGGAUGAACUUGCAUAGACAAGAAUCUCUUGCGCUCAAUUUGUAGUUUUGUAGCCUUUUGUAGUUUUCAUCGCAUUUUCAUGAACGAAACCUAGUUUGUAAGAAUAAAACAUAGAUACGUUAAAUAACGUUUGCCAUAUAUGAGCGAAGUGAUUUGUUGCUUAUCUCAAACGCGUUUCCAUUUACAAAUGAUUAUUACGUUAUGCAUAUUUUACAAUUAAUAAACACAUACUUUUCUGAA